GAAAUUUUUUUACAUUAGUUUUUUUUUUUUACAUUAGUUUUUUACCCAUUUGUAUUCAGAAAAACGCCAUUGCAACCGUCGUUUCCAGAUCAAGUUGACAAAGAUAUGGACUCUCCACCAGUAUUGAAGACAGCCAGUGAGGAAAUGGACUGAAGGGGCGAAUUUUGCCGGCGAUGUCAAGAAGAAGCUGAGCAGGAAAAAGGUGCUCCUAAAAGUUCUAGUUCAAUCUGUCAAUUCUGUGGCUGCUAUCUCGUUGUCGUUUUCCUAAUUACUAAUUAGCGAUUAAGAUCGCUGCCAUCAAAUGGUUGGUUGGCCGUUGGGGCCAGCAAUUGUCCACGCCAGCCGCGAGAACUUUACCCUUUCCUUAUCUCUCCGCUUCCAUUCUCCGAUCGCUCUUCUCAGACUCUGGUUGGCUAGCGCCAUUGUUUAUUCUUGCAGCUUCUCCCUAAGAAUGGCAUCUAUGGCUAAGACACAUUGUUCCAUUCCCUCUCUCCUCCCCUCUCUCAACAUACCCAGAACUUCAUCUUCUCAAAAUCUCCCAAUUCUCUCCACUUCAUUUCACUCUCAAUUUUGCGGGCUUAAGUUCUCAAAUCCCGCCACUGCCACUGCUCCUGCUCCUUAUCGUUCUUCUUUCAGGACUUCGAUUGUUGCCAAGGUGAACAAAGGGCAGGUGCCACCGACCUUCACAUUGAAAGAUCAGGAUGGCAAGGUUGUGAGCCUUGCCAAGUAUAAGGGCAAGCCUGUUGUUGUCUAUUUCUAUCCUGCCGAUGAAACCCCUGGCUGUACUAAACAGGCAUGUGCCUUUAGGGACUCAUAUGAGAAGUUUAAGAAAGCAGGAGCUGAGGUUGUCGGGAUCAGUGGCGAUGAUUCAUCUUCACACAAGUCAUUUGCUAAGAAGUAUAGGUUGCCUUUUACAUUGCUGAGCGAUGAGGGUAACAAAAUAAGGAAAGAAUGGGGAGUUCCUUCAGAUCUUUUUGGAGCUUUACCGGGGAGACAGACGUAUGUUCUUGACAAGAAGGGAGUGGUGCAGCUCAUCUACAACAACCAGUUCCAACCAGAGAAGCACAUUGAUGAAACCCUCAAGCUGCUUCAGAGUCUUUGACUCUAGUCUCUCCCACUUCUUCUCUCUCAGUUUUCUCACCACACCUAAAAAAAUGCUCUCAUUUUUGUAAGAAUGUACUGCUGCUACUGGCUAAUGGUCGCUUUCAGUACUUGUAAAAAAUAAUAAGAAUUAAGAGGUAAUGGUUGCUUCUCGUUAAUUUUCAAAAACUGUCCAAACAUUGUAUGGUACUGUCUGCACUGCUCUUUUGAGAUCCUUCACUCUCUCUUGGUAUCAUGCAAGAUGUUUUUUUGUACCAAUUUGCCCGAUUUUAUACAUGGAAGUUUUUGGAUGGAAAUUUAAUUUUUUAAAAAGUUUUUUGAGUAGGGACGGCAAAAAUAUCUGUAACCGUGGAUAUCCACCCGAACCCGGCCUAAUCGGGUAGGGUAAAACCCGAACUCGAAAGGACAUUUAGUGGGUACGGGUAAAACCCGAACCCGAAUAUUGCGGGUAAUGGGUGGGCAUGGGUUUCUCAGUAUCCAACCCGAACCCGCCCGAUUAUACACAUACAUAUGUAUUUUGUCUAGAAAUAGUCAUUAUUUUUCUCUAACAUAUUUUAUAUUUAGCAUAUAAAUAUAAUAUUUUCAUGAAAUUGUGUUGUUUUAAUUAAUUUUCUUCAUUCUAGUGAAUUAUUGUCAUACUUUUCCUCUUGCGUAAUGUGAGAAUACGUGUGAAUGUUAACAUAUUAGUUAGAGUUAUGAAGAGAAAUCAUUACCCAUGGAUAACCGUGGAUACCCGAAACCCGAACGGGUAUGGGCAUGGUUUUAAUUUUCUACCCGUUUUAUAUGUGGGUAUGGGUAAAACCCGAACUACUUUGGGUAGGGUAACGGAUAUGCACUAUCCGUCCCAGACCCGAUCCAUUGCCAUCCCUAUUUUUGAGUUCAAAACGCGAUUUUUCCUAUAUUGACAACAAAACUAAAGAGGAAUCCUAUAUUUAAUAAUGAAUCUCGAGGUUUAAUACCAAUUUGAUCAAAUUAUAGUCAAAAUUCGAGGGAAUAACAAGGAGGAGAAAACAUUUACUUUUUUCAAUAGCUAUGAAUACCCUAGCGAAAUAAGGUAAUUCGACUAUAAUAUUGGCUUCUGAAGCUAAACAUACUUGCUAAUUUGAUGCAAGGGGAUGACGAAUCUUUAAUACAAGUGUGUAGUGUGGGUGAGUUACAUUGCCUUUUGAUCACAUUGACAACCGUGUUUGAAUUUGUCUACAAAACAAUCUUCCUAGUUGUUUGCUUUCAGACAACCUUGAGAUCAUGUAGGAUACUAGAAAAUUAUGAACAUGUAUUAGAAUUUCUCAUACCAGGCCCCAUAGUUGCCGCCAAAUAGUAUGCCAGACCACCACUAAAGAAGAGGGAGGAGAGGCGAGGGCGCUAAUGUUGCCGUGCAGGGCACCGACGGGGUUAAUGGAGGAGGUGCAUAUGCUAAGGGAGAUGAGGGUGGGAUAUUGUUUGGGUUCAUAGUUGAACGGUAUUGAGCUUUAUAGCCCAAGGAAAGCGAACAUGCCCGGCCCAGGGGGAAGGCCCAGGAGUAGCCCGGUCUCAAGCAAUGAAGUAGGUUAGGCGGUCACCCUAGAGACAAGACAGGAAUAGAUCGCCUGACAUAGAGCACUGGUGGUGAUAAGAGGAAGAGAUCCUCUAUGAUACUUACCUCGAGCAAGCAGGACUAAACAUUAAUUAGCUGC